UGCAGAUUUGGCACAUCAAGUAGAUCAACUGACGCCGGCAUAAAUUUGGAUUCUUAAAUGAAAAUUUUUCAUUACAACUGAAUCCAUUAAUUUUGCAAAAUCGUCAUUACUUGCUUUGAGCUAUGAGCUACUAUUUAUAGUGUAAUUAUAUUCCUUAACCAUAUUUCUUAGCCACAUUAUAAUUCUUCGCAAUUCUACCGUAUUUGCACAGCUAUAAUUGAAAAUAUCCCAGCAAUUAACAGGACGAAAUUUAAAUAAAAACGAUUUUGAAAACAGCACCAUAAAGAGGCAUGAAUUCAACUUCUGGAGGUUUGAGCGUUGCUUACGAUACCAGUGCGGUCACUGGGCCGACGGCAAAUCAGCCGAACAAAGUGAGUCCAGAACCUUUCAACGAAGUGCGAUUGGUGGAGUAUAUCAUGGAUGGCUACAAUACCUUCGCACGGCCGGUGAAAAACAUUACGUCUACAACUACACUGGAGAUAUCGCUCUAUGUUAUUCAGAUUCUUAAACUGAGUGAAAAAGACCAAAUCAUGACUUCUACCGUAUGGCUAAAUUUGGAGUGGCGUGACGAGUACCUGAAGUGGGACAAGGACGCCUGGGGCAUCCAGCAGAUCCGGCUGCCCGGAAACCUCAUCUGGAACCCAGACCUCACCCUAUACAACAAUGCGCAAGAGAAUGACCCCAUAAUCAAGAACAUGAAGGGUUCCUUCGCAGUGGUGAGUCAUGACGGGCGGGUGACACUGUGGCCCCGACCACUCAUUCUGCAGAGCAACUGUCCCAUAGAUGUGCUCUACUUCCCAUUCGACAUUCAAGACUGCAUGCUCAAAUUCUCAUCAUGGGCAUACAACGUGCAACAGCUCAAGAUCUCGACAACAUCUGGCAUCCACCUGUCCAGUUACAUCCCCUCGACCGAGUGGGAGUUGAUUCAGGCCCAGGCAGUGAUAGAGUACAACCCGUUCGACGAGGAGGGGGGCUACUCUUUCGUCCAGUUCCAGAUCAAGAUACAGCGGAAGAGUCUGUACUAUAUUGUGAAUCUCAUUCUGCCAUGUAUUAUGCUCUCCUUAGUGAUGUUGUUCGGACAGUACUUGCCCUGUAAUUCAGGUGAUGCAAAAGUGCAGCUGGGCACUGCUCUCUUCACCUCCAUGUGUGUUUUCCUCCUUCUAGUGGGAACUAUGAUGCCACCCAGUGAUGUGCAGCCCCUUCUUGGAGUCUACUACUGUGCCACUCUGUUUCUCAUCACCUUCUCAACUGCCAUAAAUGUCUUCGUCCUCAACAUCGUCGACCGGGAUACCCCAGUUCCCAAGUGGAUCCGAAUUGUAUUCCUGCACUACGUCGCACGACUAGUCGCUCCCAGUCUAAGACAGCUAUACUGGCCCAAGAACCCUCUCGCAUCCGGGAAGUCCUCGAGUCCCAGGAGUCCCGCCAGAUUUGUUUCAGGUUCCAAGAUGUCCAUUGCUCUCAACAGUGACUACAACCAUUACAAUAACUAUACCAAUAAAGACUGCGCAUUCAGUUUCGAGCCCUCCCAUCUGAACGGUCACGUGAUUGACCAUUCUAUGUCGUCAAAGAUCAACCAAGGUCAUCAUCAGGCAUAUUGCUCGAGACUGGUGUCGACUUCUCCAGGUAUUGCUAUGUUCAACACUGGACCUGCAAGUAUGUACCAACAGAAGGUUCCCGACUCCCCGAUUAGAGAAAUUACGGAGCUGAAGUUAGAUGAGACUGGAAAGCAGUUGGUACAAGUUAGGAAGUACCUUGAGUGGAUUCGAGUUCAAGUGGAGACUAUGAUGACAGAUGUAAGAGAAAAGAACGAACUGGGCCGUCUCAGAAGCGACUGGCAGUCAGUUGCAGUGAUAGUAGACCGCACACUCAUGAUCGUGUUCACAGUCGUGUUCCUAUCCACCAUUCUCUGGAUCUACAACCAGUUCCCAUCCGAGCUAGUCCAUCCCACUCACGUUCCUGCCAGACCUAAUAUCGUCAUAGGCGGCUGAAGAAAUUUCGUCGACCAGAUGUUUCACUUUUUUCACCCUGACAAAAAAGAGAUGAAUUUGAAAGCCAUCGACUUGAGAUUUUUUCUUCAAAAGUUGACAGAAACUGAUCAUGAAUAAGUCAAAAACUGGGAAUAUGAAUCACUUUUAGCCAAGAAUUGUUUGAGAUCGAUACUUAAAAAGCAAAUGGGAAACUACUUGGAAAAUAUAUUUAAAAUACAAAAUGGAAGUUACUGGAAAUCAUAAUUUUUAUAAAGGUUUUUAUAUACUAAUUAUGUUUAGUUAAGUUACUAUAUUAUUAUCA